AAUGGGCGUCAAAAUUAUUACAAAAUUGAAAAAGCAUUAUUACCGCAAAAGAAUAAAAAUCAAAACAUGGAGUGGUUUAAUGACUGUGUUGCAGUUGGAAUAGAUCUAGUAUUACUAGGAUUUUGUGUCCGCGAAUAUGUGAACUGCAAACGAACAUUCCGGGUGCUAAAGGCAGCACCACAGUAUAACAUCGAUGGGCAGCUAAAAUCGGUGGUGGAGAAGCAACCUGGAAAGAAGGUACCAUAUGCGGUAAUUCGGGGAACAGUAACCCCCAUUGGAGAUCCACUCCAGGGUUCUUUAAAUGGAGUUCUUCAAAUAGUUAAGCUGCAUGAGCACAGGAUUAUCCGGGGAAUCGCUGGAUUAUGGAGGGAAAACCACAAUUUGAUACAUGAAUCCCCAAACGAAAUGCCCUUUGAAUUGCGAAAUCAACAAAACGGAGUGGAAAUUGUGGAUGCCAUGAAAACGUCUUUUUUGGAUGUGGACAUGGUCUAUGAUAACUACGAACGUUCCACUCUUUCUAUUUUUGAUUACAUAUGUGGGUUUUUCUCCGGAUCUCUUGAGAGGGGAUUCCCAACCACUGAGGAUCUUUUGAAGGACGGAAGACUGCUCACCGCAAUUGGAGAACUGGAAUUGAAUGGCAAUACCCUACGAAUGCAGCCUUCGCAGAAAGGACCUCUUCUUCUAACAACAGCCACGAAAUUCAUGAUUAUUAAACGAUUAGAGGAAGCCAAUAGAGAGAAUAUUCUCAAGCUAUUGGUGUGCAGUACCAUCUCCGUCAUCCUGAUUGCUUAUGUUGUAAGGAAGAUAUACAAGAGGCGCAACAAGAAGAUCGAGGAGGCCGAGAUACACAAUCGCCUGGAAACGGAACGCAGAAUGGAUCGUCCUGUCAUUUUGAGCCAGGAUCAGCUAUGCGUAGUGUGCUCCUCCAAUCCCAAAGAAAUCAUCCUACUGCCAUGUGGUCAUGUCUGCCUUUGCGAGGAUUGCUCCCAGAAAAUCAGCAAUACCUGUCCCGUGUGUCGUGGUAAAAUUGUAUCCAAAGCAGCUGCUUUCAUCGUCUAGAAAUCAGCAGAGUAUUAACAAGAUCACCUUGAACCUGAUUUUACUUAAUAUCUUAAUGCUCAUGUGCGGCCUUCAGUACAAAAUCAUUUAAAAUGUUGUACAAGUGAGUGUAAUUUAUUUGAAAAAAUAAAUAAAUAUGGUAGAUAGG